AUGAAUAUUCUGGCUCUUCUUGUCUUCGUCCUCAUCGCCAUCACGUCUCCAAUCAUGGCUCGCGGUAAACGUUGCCGCUCGAGCACCCAAUGCAACUAUGAAUCGGUUUGCUACGAGGGUCGCUGUUACACGAUCGACGAGAUGUUCGAUAAAUUCGAUGCCAAACUCACCGCCAAAAGUAAACCGUUGUUGAUCAUAGAAGGUGAAUUGAAUGCAGCUGCAUUGUAUGAUCCCUUAUUCUGUCGCAUUCGAUUCAAACUUUUCGGCGGUUUACAUUCUACUCUGAAAGAAAGGAUUUGGUUGGUAUUAGUUGUUCUUAUGCUAAUUGUUCGGAGCCCAUCUGCCUAUGCGAAACCAAUUAAUUACGUCAAAAACAUGUGGAAUGGAUACAGAAACAACUAA